AUGGCUACUGAUCCUCGAUUACGUAAGAAAGUGGUCACAAAUAGCCAUGUUUUGGAAAAACUUGAAAACGAAAUAAAGUACGCUGCUGAAUAUAAUGUUACUACGAAUUUGUUUGAGUUGAAGUCUUGGGAUCCUCGCCAGAUAAUCAGAAAAUACAAAUUGAACAUACGAACUUCGGAUGGAGCCGAUCUGAUGGGGAAGAUCGCUGAAGGGUAACUUAAUAUUCGACUGUUUUAUGGUUUAGGAGUUGGAAGUCGAAGAGCAUAAGAGACAUCAGGAAUUUGUUCAAUGAAUUCACUUACGCAGGCAAAGAACUGUUUCAUUGUGACACUGACUUCAUUGUCUACAACAAUAUCGACACUUUCUACACGUUGAGGCCUAUGGAUCCCAAUGUAAACGAUUGUGUCUCAUUGCGGGUAAGGUUGUUUUAAUGAUGUAAUUUUUCUGCUUCUUCAUGUUUAGAGGUCAGUUACCACAGAUAUAUUGUUUGAUUUGAAAAAGCAUGAAAAUGUUGUCUGUCAGCCGGUUUUCGAGCGAGAAGUUGAUGCUACUGAGGACAAAGACGAAUAUUUCGAAUUUCUGAAGUUGUUGGUCUAUCAGAACUUCUGGGACACUUGGUAAAGCUUUAAACGUAGUUUUUUAAAGAUAAUUUAGAGUUUUUAAUAUUUUAGGUAUUAAAACAACUAUUGUUAAAGUUGUUUUAUUUUUAGCAAGGAUAACUACAUCAUGAAGUCAGAUUUAACGUUUUUCACAGAUUUAAAAGAGCAGAGGGACGAUGAGUUGUGUUACAGUCUAGGUGGAUUUCGAGUACAGGUUGCUGAAGCUACUCAACAUAAAUACCUGCUGAGGUUGGCUCGUAAGUUACUACAUUAUUAAUUCUUUUAAAGUAGGAAUACUGCAAAAUAAUUUGUAUUUUAACGGUUUUUUACUUUAUAUUAAGGGUUUGUGCCUAAUAUCACCCUUUCAGCGGUAAAACAAUAUUUUCUUGGUAUAAGCAGCUUCUUUGGAUUGUUGUUAAGGGCUGCCAAGGUGGAAGAGAUUGGCGAGACUUUUGUAAAAUGGGUACUGGACAAGAAGCAUGUGUUAAACCAGAUAUUCAAGGAUAUGAAGGCAACUGACUGGCUCACUGAAGAACCCUUUGUAUUUGAUGAUAUCGAGCGACAAAGUGUUGUGUAAGUGCAUCUCCAGAUAAAAUAUAUUAACCAGCAAUGUCAUACCUCAAGGUUAAGAAUUUGAUGACACACCUCUUCUUGGCAAUUUAAGUUACUUUCAGUGAAACAUACGAUGGCGGAUGUACGGUACACGAACGCUACAAGAAACUAGGUGCAAACGUGUUCAGUAUGUUGCCCGUGGUCAAGGGGAAAGACGGGAGUUACCAUGCCAUGGAUGCGGUUGAAAUAUCAUCGUAUCACAUAUUCGACAGUCGUCUUGCUGACUUUGUAUUGGUAUGUUAAAUUCUGAAGUUGAAUUCAGGUCAAAUCAGAAUAAGGAUUCAGGAAUCAUUUAGCACUAAAAUAGGUAUAAACUGACAUAUGAUGGACAUUUUCAGAUGCAACGCAACUUCAAGGCGAGGAUGGAAGUGUUCGACCGAGUGGUGGAGAAGAAGGUCUUGUUCCAGAAGAAUAUUAUCAGCGAGAUUGGCUAUUUGACAAAGUUCAAGGUAUUAUAUGUUGUCCUUUAUAAUCAUUUUUGUUAAUUUUUCUACGGUUUAUCGACAUAUAAAUGUAGUCAUUAUAUGGCUACUUGAUUUCUAAUGUUCAUGCUUUUAAGUUGCUGUUCUCGAAUUUUUACCGUUAUUAAUUGUAUGUUUUAGUUUGCAAUAGACAGUCGUUUGAUGUCGAAAGCUCAACAGAUGUUCCUUCCGUCGUUGGAAUUCCCAGACCGAGUUGUUGCUUUGAAAGACAACACCACAAGGUUUGACCUGGACAUAGACAAGAUCCGUUUCCUGAAAAGUGGACAACCAGUCGGCUUCAGAUGGGCCAUAGUCAACUUCUCGUGUGGCAAAACCGAAGGAUUCGAUGAUAAACAGAUAAGGUAAAAUGAAAACUUGCUUAAUGAUCUUUAAAGAUGGUCAAAGUUCAUAUAUAGUUAGCUUACUAAUUAAAAUAAAAGAAAGAAGAGAUGAAAUUAUCACAAUCUUAAUAUCUUCAGGAUCUUGUCGUCGUUUCUGUUCUUCGAGAAUAAUCGUCGAAUUCCACCAAAAGAACUGCACAAACGAAUCCCAGUGGGGAAGGAGUUCAGUAUCGCGAGCGAAGUCUUCGAAGAGCUGAAACGGUACGACUUCAUCAUGUACUCAGACAUCCGGAGUCGUAAGCUGAAUCAUAUCAUGGCCUUUUACGAAGCGGCCAAAGGUAUUGCCACAAUAGGCGUUGAUCCUCUACAUGUCAUCAAAAGACAGGACGCCCAUCGGAAGUGGAAGCCGCCUAUAAAAUACGCUGCUAACACCAAAUUGGGAGGUCUCAACUUCACUAUUCAUCGUCCUGUUCCAUCUCAAGAUUCAAAAGACAUCGACUUUAGCAAUGUGUAGGUUUACAUUACUUGAAAUGUAUAGCCAAGGUUAUAUCAGAUAUAUAUUAACUUACCAAAGCUUAUAAUUAAGUUUAUAUCAACGAUAGUUUUAAAAUUGGAUGAUAUAUAAUCAUUUCAGCUUUGCCAACGACAGGAAGCGGCAGUUCGUGGCCAUAGACGUCGAACAUCUGGAUGAAACCUUGUAUGUGUUAGCUGUAAGUAGACAUAAGUCUAUUAGUAGCUGCUUUAGGUAACAUAUACGACCAACAACAACUUCCGGUUGAAAGGAGAAUACUCGUACGAAGAUGAUCGUAUCCCAUCAAGACUUUAUGUUUUGCUAGGAAAUGCUAUCGAUGAAUACGGCGAUGUAAAGGAUGAGAAGUUGGCUUGCAUGCCACCAGAUGAAGUUGUCAUACUUGUAAAGGAACCGGUUAAGGUAUGGUUUAUCGGUACUGUAACGUUGAUAAUAUACUAUGGCUUUUCCAGUGUUUUAAGCUAUAUUUAUUUAUUGGUAAACCCUUGUUGAUUUAGGAUCGAGUCUCAGAAGCGCUGGAACAGCCCAAUUUAAAACGUUUCAAAUUCACGGUAAUCACAGUCAAAUCGGACAGUGAGUUCGUUUUUCUAAAGUACAAGUCAGAAGCGGUCGAAAAAGGAUCGGUUUUCGAAAAUCUACCCCAUGCCAUGUAUGCUCAAGUGACAGACAUUCCCGGAUUCCCAAAGUUUUUCUUGAAAACGGUCGAUAGUGCAGUAAGUCAUUGUUUUGAAAUUAAAAAUUAAGCAAUAAGGUCAAUAAUAAUUAUUCUUGUCUUCAGCAUGAUCAACGGCAGUCAUUUAUCGAAGCCUGGGACGAGUACACUGUUGUCAGGACAGAUACGAACACCCACCUACAACUACUCGGAUAUCUGGUGUUCAACUUGUGCUUCCUUGACCCAGUACAACUCAGACUCACCAGAUACCCGUUUGUUUUGAUGGCAGCUCAACAUUACUUGAAGAGAGGAGCUCAGAACUAUCGAUGUGUCAGGUAAUUACUAUUUUAUACGUUUCAGGGUUCACAUUCUGAAUUGGAGGGUUAAUAUCAAGCAUAACACAAUAUAUUUAUAAAAGCUUGAAGAUGAACUUUCAAAGUUUGUUUCAAAAUUCUUCAAUUUUGCAGGGACCUACAUCAGGAGAAGCAGAUCAACAUCCGUGACAACCCGUUCGACCCAAACCUCGAUCUCAACUCCAAAAUUGCCAAAUUAAAACACUUCCUCAAGCCAAGGUUAGAAACUUAUUUUUGUUGCAACGAAUAA